UCUCACAGACAGACCCUAACACAAGGGGAUAAUAUUUGAGUAAAGUUUGUCAAACAAACACUCACAAGCCAUGCUUAUUUUCUUCUUUGUUUUUCUCGGGUCCAUAAGCUUAGGCUUGGGGUUUCUCCUUCUCUUCAACGAGCUACAGCAACAACAACAACAACGUUAUCAUAACCAUGCACCUCCUUCACACCCCAUCAUUGGAUGCCUCAUUUCCUUUUACCAAAACCGCCACCGUCUCCUCGAUUGGUACACCCACCACUUGGCCCAAUCGCCUACGCAAACCAUCGUCGUGCACCGCCUCGGCGCGCGCCGCACGGUGGUGACGGCGAACCCCCACAACGUGGAGUACAUCCUGAAGACCAACUUCGCCAACUUCCCCAAAGGCAAACCCUUCACCGAAAUCCUCGGCGACCUUCUCGGCUGCGGCAUAUUCAACGUCGACGGCGAGUUGUGGCACGCGCAGCGCAAGUUAGCCAGCCACGAGUUCACCACGCGCUCCCUCAGAGACUUCAUCGUCAAAACCCUCAACGAAGAGGUUCACAAUAGGCUUCUCCCACUCUUGGAUUGGGCCGCACGUGGGAGCCACGUGAUCGACCUUCAAGACGUGCUGCGGAGACUCACCUUUGAUACGGUCUGCAAGGUGUCCUUAGGGCACGACCCGUGCUGUUUGGAUUUGUCGAAGCCCUUGCCGCCACUCUUGACGGCGUUCGACACGGCUUCGGAGGUGAGCGCGGCGCGUGGGGCCGCGCCGGUGUUUGUGGUGUGGAAGAUGAAGAGGAUGUUUGACAUGGGGUCGGAGAAGUCGAUGAAGGAAGCGGUGAAGCUGGUGCACGAUUCGGUGACGGAGAUUAUAGUAACAAAGAAGAAGGAUAUAAAGAAGGGGAAAAAAAGCAUGGAUUUGCUUGUUCGGUUGUUGGAGGCGGGGCAAUCGGAAACGUUGGUAAGAGACAUGGUUAUAAGCAUGAUAAUGGCGGGGAGGAACACGACUUCGGCGGCGAUGACGUGGCUGUUUUGGUUGCUAUCGAAGCAGCGAGAGGAAGAGGAGGUGAUAGUGAAAGAGGUGAGUGAGAAGGGUUUGCGUUUGGACUACGAGUGGUUGAAAGAGAUGAGGUUUCUGAAGGCGUGUUUGUGCGAGUCCAUGAGGCUGUACCCUCCGGUUGCGUGGGACUCGAAGCAUGCGAUUGGUGCUGACGUGUUACCCGAUGGGACUCGCGUGGGGAAAGGGGAUAGGGUUACUUAUUUUCCGUAUGGGAUGGGGAGAAUGGAAGCUCUGUGGGGGAAGGACUGUUUGGAGUUUAAACCCCAACGGUGGUUCCAUGAAGAUAAUGUUGAUAAUGGAAUUGUGAAGAGUGUGAGUCCUUACAAGUUUGCGGUGUUUCUGGCGGGUCCUAGAGUGUGUCUUGGGAAGGAAAUGGCUUUCAUUCAGAUGGAGUAUGUGGUGGCUUCUGUUCUUAAGUCCUUUGUUAUUUCGCCGGUUUCUGAUGAGCGCCCGCGUUUUGUUCCUCUACUGGCGGCUCAUAUGGCUGGGGGUUUCAAAGUCAGGGUAUACAACAGAUCAACUGGAGCUGAGACUGAGAAAUGAGAGUGAAACCGUGUGCUGGCUUCUUGGGUUUAGUUGUUGGAAAUUGUGGUGUUCAUUAAUGUGUUAAUGUGUAU